AUGGCUCCUUUCUUACCGACGGAUUGUUUAUCUCAAAUAUUUCGAAAUCUAGAAACAGAUCAAAAAUCGUUAUAUUCAUGUAUAUUAGUGAACCGGUUAUGGUGCGCGACCUCGAUUGAAUUUCUCUGGAGUAGACCAUUUCGUUUCUUAUACACAUGUCCAAAUCCUUGUUCGUGUGAUGAAGUUUCGAGAAUUGAAAGAUCUUCAAAGCUAAUCAAAGUAUUUCUAAGUUGUCUCAACGAAAAAGAAAAGUUGCAAUUAAAGGAAAAUAAAGUUCAUCUACCUUUAUCCGUACAACAAAGUCCUUUAUUCGAUUAUGCUGGAUUCAUACGAUAUUUGGAUUUGGAUGAAUUUUAUACCGCCAUAAGGGAUUGGAUCGAUUUCGCUCACGUCGUCAGUAAGGAGGAAGAGAUUCGAGAAGCGAUGGAGUUGCGAAAAAAAUCAAAAAAAUUAAAUAAGAAAUUAAAAUUAUCAACCGUGGUUAAAUUCUUAAGCAAAUCCAUGGGUUAUCAUAAUAAACGAAAAUCUGAAAGUGAUAAGGAGAGUGUAAAUAGCCUAAGUAGUAGCGGAAGCAGUGUAGGAGGAAAUAACCCACCACCCAGUCCAAUCGUCCCUCAUCCACGUGAAAGGUUAAUUACGGAAUCUUUAUGUGGUUUAUUAAUGAGGAGAAGUGUGACUUUGAAACAAUUAUCUAUCGAUAAAACUCAUUCAACAAGAUCAAAGUUUGAACCUAGGUGUUUGACCUUGCCACCAUGGAUGGAUAGAUUUCGUAAUCAUCGUUUCAUACCCGAUGAAUACCUUUCAUUGGCAACUUACCCAGGCGCCAUUAAUUGUUUAUCACAUUUAAACGAAUUCAUCUUUACCACGCGACAAUCCAAGACGAAGAUAUUCGACUCUCUUUGCUUAACUUCUCACAAUUUGCAUACAAUCGUGGUUACGAUGGACUUUCACUCUAAUGGAUGGUGUGGAACUCGUUCACGCCGAGAAGUUAUGGAACUUGAGGAUGAAGCGAAAAGUUUGGCAAAUUUGAUCAAGGCGCAGCAAUCCUUACAAAAUUUCGAAUUACAUCAAUGUGAAGUUGGGUCUGCGGUCAUCAUCCAAUCAUUACAAACUCAAUCAAAUUCUUUACAAUCGAUAUGUUUCGAUGAAGUUAGUUUUUGGGGAUGGGACCCGUUAACUUCAUUAGAAGAAUGUCUUAAAUUACAAAAGUUGGUAUUUCGACAUUGUCAUGGUCUUACUACUGAAUUAUUGGAACCUUUGAUAACUACAAAGUUCGACAACCUUUUGACAUUACUAAUGGAUGCCUCAUCAGCUCCUGCGCAUAUCCUUGACGCGAUUAUUAAGAAUUCAGGACAUCGUAUUCAAACGUUGAACUUGGGAUUGUUUAAACCACAUCCGACCGUGCACCUUAUUGAAACGGUGGCAACGUAUUGUCCAAAUUUAACAACUUUCAGUUCUUACGUCGAUAUCGAUGAGAUCAAUCAUUUGGUCGCGUUGUUUACACUUUGUACAAAACUUUCUUCCGUCACGUUAACCGGACCGCGUAAUUCAGAAAUCAAUGUUGAUAAAAUGUUUCUUCAAUUCGCCCGACAAGAUUUAUCAAAUCUGAAGGAACUUAAUAUAUUAGGGCCUUGGUCGUUUACACCCGAAGCACUUGAUAAAUUCUUGACGUGCUCCAAAGCUCCUAUACGUACUUUGCGUAUUGAUAAUUGUCGUUGCUUCACCGAUAGUCAUUUGGAUGUCAUCAUUCAUAGUUUGAAAAACACCUUAGAAGCACUACGAUUGCACAUAAGAAAUCGAUUAAACGAAGAAUCAAUUAUUCGUGCAAAAGAAUUUGUUGAUUUGGAAAUUGAAAAAUUUGAAUUUGUCCAUAGGGUAAGCAAUAAUAAUGAUAAUAACAAUCGUGGCGGUAGUUUUAAGCCCAAAUUUUGUAAAAAAUUUUUGAUGGAAAGAAGAUUGAAAAGAUGA